AUGCCAAAUCUUGAAGUCAAAACAAACAAUAAGAUUCUUGAGAUGUAUUCCAAAUGUGGUGCCAUGAAUGAUGCCUUUGUGAUCUUUGAUCAAAUGCCAAAACGUAACCUGACUUCUUGGGAAAUCAUGAUAUCUUGGCUUGCUAAUAAUGGUUUUGGUGAAGCUUCUAUUGAAUUGUUUACAGAAUUCAAAAGAUGUGGACUAAAACCUGAUGGCCAAAUGUUUAUUAAGGUAUUUUCUGUUUGUGGUAUCGUAGGUGACAUUGUUGAGGGAAUGUUGCACUUCAAAUCAAUGAACAAGGAUUACGGAAUUUCUCCCUCCAUGGAGCAUUUUGUUAGUGUAGUGGCCUUGUUUGGAAGUGCAGGAUGCUUGGAUGAAGCUUUGGCGUUCAUUGAACAGAUGCCUAUCAAGCCAGGUAUAGAAAUUUGGGAGACAUUAAUGAAUUUUUGCAGAAUUCAUGGACAUAAGGUGCUCGGAGACCGUUGUGCCGAGCUUGUUGAGCUCCUUGAUCCAUCACGAUUGGAUGAUCAAUCAAGGGCAGGCCUCAUAUCAAUAAAAGCUUCUGACCUUGAAGGGGAGAAAAAGAAAUUGAGUAAUCAAAAUCCUCUAGAUGUUAAGAGUACAGUCUUCAAGUAUAGAGUAGGCGACCGAUCUCACCCUAAUCAAUAA